AUGGUGCUUCGGCGCCUUGAAAAUCAAGGGUCGUAUGAUAUAUUGAUGAAUGGAUUUUCCUUACAAUCUACCACUACUCCUAGGAAAGCGAAUAAAGGUAUUGAAAGUGCAUUACAGAAAAAUAUAAUUUGUCCGUGGGAGGCUUUUGGUUUGGUGUUUGAACCCUUUGAAUGUAGUCCUGGGCCUGGUAUUUAUAGGAGGAGUCCUGGAGGGAUAAUCAAGGCUGACAAAACCUACGUGGCGGAGCCUGACCGGGGCAAGUGGGUAGUCAAAUCGGCAUUUGGGAUCGUGAAGUAUGGUGGCUUGGGGUUGAGAAGCAUGGUGGUGUGA